CCAGGAAAUCCAACUCUCAGGUCUUUCAGGUCUACGGUGGUAAUAUACUAAUUUUUGUUUUUGAUUUUUGCGUUGAUUUUAAUUCGACAAUCACCGACAAAAACUUAACAAAUGAUUAACGUUAAAAAGAAAAAUGAAUAAUGUUAAAUUGAUCCGCCAAGUGCCCAAAGAUUUUUUUUCGACUGUUCCUGUCUCUCAUCUCUCGGUUACUGCAUUCACGCGGCACCACGCCACCACAUCACUCUUCUUCUGCUGGUUUUAUAACACCUGAUGAAGAGGACAGUUGGGUCAGUUGGGUUUAGCGCGUUUAGCGAUUUGAAGCUCCUUGAUUUUAUUGAACAAGUAAAGAAUAAGUAAACCGAUCUAAGGACGGAAUAAAUGAGCGGAUAAACAACAUUGGGGUAGAAACGCGCGAGAAUAAGUUUAAGGAUUUUCAAGUUUAAAAACAAAGCCUAUACCGCAAAAAUAUGGAAAGGAAAAGAAAGAGACAUUCGUGGGAAAUCUUGGAAACCAAAUAUUUUUUAGACCUGGUACGUCGGAGAAAAGAAACAAAUAACUUAGAUGGGAAACGUUUCCGUGUCGAAGAUAUAUUUGCCCAUUUAGAAAUCCCAAUGGCGAAAAGAGGUUAUGUAAAAACGAGCAAGCAAAUGCAAAUGCGAUUCAAAACUUUAAGGAUGCAGUACCAUCAAUACAAAAGAUCAUUGGGACAAAGUGAAGCGGAGGACAGCCACAAUAAUCGAUUUCUAUUCUAUGAUCAAAUGGAAGAAAUUCUUGACGAUCGACCUACUGCUGAUGAUAAAAGAAUAAUUAUGGAGGAUGACUUAGUCUAUGAAGAAGAAGUGUCACUAUCAGAACCGUGUUCACCAUCGCCAACUUUCAUGCAGGACAAAGAAUCUCCGUGCAGUGCUAUCGGUACACCUUCACUUUCUCGAAGCCCAGUGCCCUUCACAUCAUCAGAUGUACAAGAAAAAAGCCAACAGAGUUCAUCAAUGAGGACUGUCAAACGAAAGCGUGGAAACACUAACUCCAACCACACUUCACGCAGACAGCCCCAAAAACCCAGUGAAGAACAAGCAUUUUGCAAUUACCUACAGUUCCGUUUAGAAAAAUUAGAACGACGAUAUUUUUUGAAGGUAACAAAUACCAUUCUGCUUGAAAUCAUGAAAAUUGAAGCAGCGCAAGCUGAAGAACAGGAAUAAGUUUAUUCUAAAAGCUAUAAAAUAUUACAACAGUGACCAGAGUUUUAUUUGAGAAAUAUAAUUAAAGUUGUAAAUACUGAGAUACCGUUCUUUUUAUUAAUAAUUAGUAGGUCCAAGUUGUAUCAGAAUAGUGUUAUUGAUGGAAGCUUACCUUACCUAAGCAUACUUGAGCGUGCUCUCAUAAAAAAAGAUAUGAAAGAUGUAUGAUUUCUGGCUGUUUUCAGAAUCGAAUUUUCCAGUUAUAAUUCUAAAUCAAAAUAAUUUCAUGCAGCCUCCAUCUUCAGGUCAAUUUUUGACAUUCAUUUUUAUUGCGAUUGAUUUUGAAAUAAUCUUAUUUCCAUCUACUAUCCACGUACGAAAAUUCUUAAUCGACAGAAACAUUGUCAGGAUAGUUAGCGAAGACACAUCAGUCGUUAAAUGCCGUAUUUGGAGUAUCCUUUGUGGUGCCUCAUGCAUACCGUCGAAGGUAGUUGCUGUCUCUUGCUUCAAGAUUAAACCGAACAAGUUUCAGCAUUAAGGAAUUCCUACUGAGAAAGUUUGUAAAAUUAUAAGGAUUUUGUUAUUUAUAUUCAAUAUCAGAGCAACUAAACACUCCAAAUUUUUCCAAUUGUAGCGUUACAUCAUUGAAAAUGCAACCGAGUAAUUUUCUAACUUACCGAUUUUGAUAUUUAAAUUUUUUUUUUUUAGUUGUAUGGUAAAUUCAGUAUAUUUCAGAAUCAUAAAUUAUUUUGCUUUACAAAAUCAGAAUUCCCCUAUUGAUUUGUCAUGAAUACGUGUUAUUGCAACAUACUUGGAAAAAAAUCGUAUCUCAUGAGAUUUCAUGAAACCAUGAAAAAACGUGUGGCUCAUCGAAGGGAAUUGGAUAAAAUUAGAACACAUAGCAAAAUUAAUCUUUAAUCUAAAUAACGAUAAAGAAUAUUAAUCAAAACCAUGUAAAGAUUGAAAAAACAUUAUUUUUAUAAUUGUAUGUCAUUGAAAGGCUAAAGAUGAACAACCAAAAAAUGAUGUUUCUUAUAUUUCGAUAACUGUGAAAUGUUCAUUCAUCGGUUUCAGUUUGAUUUGUGAAAUAUGCAAAAAUGUCUCGUUAAAGAAUUGUUGUUACAACAAAUUGGACAUUGUUACGAAGAGUUUUUAAAUGAAAAGAAAAACGUUUAGUGUAAGUCAAUUUUUUGGAACCGAAAAUAUCAUCCGCUAUUGUUACUGACAAAUUUCGGAUUCGAAAUGUACGAACUUCAUUUUCGGAUUAUCUUUCAAAAAAUCAGAUAAAAUUUUGAUUUUGAUGAUUGCGAUCUAAAGUUCAGUGAAAAGUAAAUUUGUCCAUUAAGAAUCGUUUUAUUUUCUUGUGAAUAAAAAUGUCUUACAAUAAAAUAUGUAAAAGGAAGCAAUGAUUCGACUCGACAUUUAAAUAAACGUGUUGAAAUUCGAACAUUCGAUCGUUGCUUUUAUUUGAAAAGAAACCAGGAAAUUUGAUAAAAAAUAAAUUAGCAACUAUGGACGUGCCUUAACAUGCUAACGAACACAUUUUGUAUGAACCAAUAAAACCUGUAAAAUCCAAAAACUCUUGUCACCAAAAAGCUGGAAACAAACCUUUUGAAAAGUAAUUUUAAACAAAUCGAUAUGACGAGUGUUUUGAAAAAGGACCCCUUUCAGUAUCACACUAUCGUAAAGACUUCGCAUAAAAUAUUUCAAUCGGAUGGAAUAGCCACUCGUGAUAUUGGCAGAGAGGAAAUAUUCUUUGAGAUUAUUCAGAAUAUUCUCGAAUUAAUAGGAACUUGUCGACGUGGCAUUCAUUUUAGAUGUGCAGAUAUUUCUGUUUGAUUAAUUCGGAAAGUUCUGGAGCUCUACAGAAAAUCAUUUACUUCUGAAAACGUUUCUUGGCUAAUUUCAUGAGCUUGCACAACAUAUUCUUAGAAAUACAACUGCAUACAACAUUUUUCUAUUAUUCGUUUCAAGAUCGGAAGACUCUAUUAUUACGAUUGAAUUUUCGUGAAAAGCUAAACAACGUUUUCUUAACAAAGAAUAAAAUCGUUGCUUUUCCUCAAAUUUUUAAGCUCAUCUGGAACAAUUCUAGAACGUAUUUAAAUUAUUUCUAUCGCACUUAUAUGACUAAUACAAUAAUUUCUUAUGGAAAAAGAUACUUUGAAGUUCCUCUCGGAUGUUUUUGCUCUUCUUAUCGACUCUCGAAGGCCUUGAUGAGGGAUGAAAUGGCCCCUGAGUGUCAGGCAAUAUUCCACCUCGUAAUUCGUGUGACUGAUGCAGGCUCAUGCGAUAGUUAUAAUAAACAAUGAUCCGCACGUGCACUUGAAUUACUUAUUUAAAAUUAUAUUCAAGGCCGUAUUAUCGUACACAGAAUUCAGUAUUCAAAUGCGAGUUGGACUUUUCACUGGAUCGAAAUUUCCAUGGAAAAGAUUAGUAAUUUAAAAAUAACUCCAAUUCCUUUCAAUGUACAGUAAACGUUCCAGGAAGGCAACAUAUGUUAUUAUUGUUCGAGUGAUAAUUUCCGCUAUAAAAGGCUUGCUCUAACUCGAUAUUAUCCAGUUCGCGGGCCAGUUGCUUCUGGUCAGAAGCAACUGGCCCGCGAAAACUGAAAAAGUUCAUGCACAGAGUUCAGUUGUUUGAUUAAUUAUAUAAAACACCGAAUCGACCGCUGGAGUCAUUCAAAAACUCAAGAGAUUUCAUACGACGACGAAGGGAGGAAAGAUUAUAAAAAAGAGGUUACGCUGCAGGAAAAAAAAAUCGAUCGGAAUUUUCAUCGUUCAGAUGCGUAUACGAGGCCGCACGAAGUGACGUAUGCUACAAUCCAGUAAAUAAAAAAAUAAUAAUAAACCUUCGAGUACAUGACUGAUUAAAGCAAAACUUGAAAGUGAAGAAUUCACUGUUCACUGGGUACAGCCUACAAAAUCGUUUACGAAAAGAACGACACUAGGUCAGAAUGCUUUCGAAGCUAAGAAUGGGGAGUUGUUUUUUUGGGAUCAAAAGCUGAAGAUUCUGUUGACUUGAAAACUGCUUUAACGAGGUUUUAUGAAUUUAUUGCAUCACCAGAACAAUUUUAAACAUCUCUAAAAUGCGUAAGUCAACUUACUUUGAGAGAUUUAAUCUUCUAUCUGCAGAGGGGGAAAAACGGUACAUUUUUAACAAUCUUAGAGAUAUCAUAUCAUUUGGAAUGGCUUAUGUGGCUGUUAACCGAAAACUUCGUACCAAAAUAUUGAGAGUAGCGAAUAUCUUGUGAAAAUUUUCUUCGAUAUCCAUCACCAUUGUUCCAUAAUCGACUUAUAUGAAAGACAAACACUCAUUAUUGGGUGGGCUUACUAUCUUACUAUAUAGCAUGACUAAAAAAAGCAAAAAUUAUUUGCGACAUUGGAAGAGUUAUCUCUGGAGAUAUAUUCAUAAAGAAAUGAAUUGGACAAAAUUAGAGUACAUGACAAACUAGUUUUCAAUUCAAAAUUAUGAUAAGUAUAUUAAUCGAAAUCACGUAGUCAUUAGACAAACAUUGUUUUUUGAAAUUGUAUGUUAUUAAAGUCGGAAAUAUGAACAACCAAAAAAUGUCUCUUUAUUAUAUCGUUUCGAUAAUUAUGAAAUUUCCAACUGUAUACUAAGGAGUGCCGUAGUUUGGUUAUACAUCCCUGGCGUUGUCCAAUCCGCGGGUGGCGCCCUCUUGGGUAUAGUAUCAUAAUCUUUUGAUGAUGACUAAAAUAGCAUACAUCUCAGAAACAUUGUUUGUCAAUAAUCACACCUCACCCUCGUCUCCUGUAUAAUUUUGCUGCUGGUUAUCCAGGAACUUGCGUUAUCGUGUGUUUGCGAGUUCCGAUUAAUAUGUAAAUGCUGUAAUAUUAUGCUGGAAAUUAUUCGUGCUUAAGUGAGCAGUUGAAUUUUGAAGAAUCGAAAUUGCUUGUGUUGGAAGGAAACGAGUGUAGGUAACGUGUGACACAGCAAGCAAGUGAUUUAUUGAGCACCAGAGCGUGGAUGUACGUGAGAUCAUUGCCGAAUUUGAUCAAUCAAUCUUCUGUCAAUGGCUCCAUGGCGUGUAAUAGACCUACGGGAUGCUGGAGUUUCGAGAUGACAGAAUUUCUCACUCAGCUGUAAAUUAAUGCUCAAACUUGUAAUUACCCCAAAGGAAUGAUGAUUUCUUUGGUCUUGAACCGUCGUUUUGGGCUUUUUUUCAAUUGUCGAUAAAUAUUUAAACGAGACUGAACGAAUGUGGCCGAAAUUUUCGAGAUUCAGAGUCAUUCUGAGAAGCUAAUCAGAUUGCAUCUUCCCAAAAAAAAUAC